CUGAUAGUGCGUUAUCAUUAACCGUGUGGAUUUUUGGUAAAACUCGUGCCGCAUUCAAUUCGUAGUUCAUUUAAAUCAUUUUCGUAUACAUUUUUCGUUUAAUUUUAUCGAAUUUGAUGUUAUUUAUUUACUUAAUUUUUUAAACAAUCGAACAACAAUUACAAUGUCAGUAACAGAAACUGUAGUGGUGAACGGUGUCAGUGGACCCGAAGAACAGGUCGAAAAUGCAGACGACUUGAACGCCAAGAAAACGGUAAAAUAUGACAGUGGAGCCGCCGAUCUAGAAAAAGUAACCGACUAUGCCGAAGAAAAAGAAGUUAUAUCGACGGACGACAUUUCGGGGGUAAUUGUUUACACUGUUGUUAUAUCAUACCUUAUUAUUUUUUUUUUUUGAUAUUUGAUGAAUUCAAUAUUUCUUUGUCUAUUUAACAGGCAAUGACCAUUAUCGGUGACAGACGAUUAAAAGAAGCGGCAGAUAAAAUAGCAAAAGAAAGAGAAUUACAAAAAGUUUCUAUAAAAAAAUCCGAUGUAGAAUUAAUUGUGAGUUUAUUAUUAUAUAUCUACGUAAACAUAUAGAUUUUAAAAAUUAAUCGUUUACAUAUUAUUAUUCUAUUGCAUAGCCAAUAGGAAUUGAGUCCUGAUAUAAUAUGUUUUUUCAAUUUUUAAUUUCUUUUUUACAGUUUUAGUCAAAACUGUAUUAUAAUAUAUUACAAGUUUGGUUAUUUGUAUUUGUAUGCCUACAUAAAUAUUACAUAUCACUUUCAUCAAAAUCUAGUGUAUUCAUAUAGAGUAUUUAAUCACUUUAAUUCAUAAAAAUUAUGGUAAUAAUUAAUUUGACAUCGAAUGUGUAGUAGAUAUUUAGAAAUUAUUUUAUGUGUUUCAUAUUGCAAAUAACUAUAUUAAUAUUACCACUACAAUAUCAGAAAGAAAUUAUUGAAACUAAAAAUAAUUAGAAAUUAAUUAAGAACCAAAAUAUCUCAGAAUACUCGGAAGACUUAAUGUUUGUAUCUUGCAAAUUAGAUAUAAACAUCAAUAAUAAAAAUGUCAUAGACAAUUUUUCUGAAUUUAGUAGGUAGUACCUACAUUUGGUUUGUAAUUUAUAUAAAAUAUGACUUUAAAAAAUAAGAACUAAAUAUAGUAAAAAAUGUAUCUUUUUAUUGCACUUCCUAAAAAAUACGUGAUCCAAGGUUAAUAGAUAACAAUAUAUAUGCUUUAAAAAGUAAUAUUUUUUUUAGGUAGGUAAUAUUGAUACAUUUUUAUUAAUCAAUUUACCAAAUCUGUAUUGAAAUUAAAAUAUUCAAACCACAUAUCUCACAGUGAUUUGUCACUGAAGAAGUUAUCCAUAAGUUGUUUUGGUAGAAGUAAAAUGUAGGUGGAUGGCUUGCUAUUAAAAUAUUUGAACCAAUAUUUUGUAAAUUUAAUACAUGGUAAGCACCACUGAAAGAAAUAUCAUAUUUUGUCUAGUUUAUAUAUUAACUAGCUGAACUGAUUUCUAUCUAUUGAAAAUCUAUUGCUAGAUAAUAAUGUUAAUAAUUAUAAUAGUAAUUUUAUUGUCCAUGGCAACCAAAUUAUCAUCUGUAUUACCAAAGUAACCUAAAAAUGAAUAAACGAAUAAACAAAAAUUAAUAAAUAAAUUUACAUAAACAAUUAGAUAUUCGUAUCAACAAUACCUAAACACAUCUAUAUAAUUCACUGGAUUUAGAUUGGAACUUUGAAGACUAUCCUAUCUUUUAAAAUGGAUCAAGUUACACACAUUGAGCAUUAUAUUAUCAAAAUCGGUUGAGUAAUUACAGAGUGCAUUGCAUCUAAACUCAUUGUACACAUUAUUUUUACGUACAUAAGAUGCGUCAACUGUGUUUCCUAAAUUUAUAAGAAAUAGUUUUUAAACAAAAAAAAUUAAAAUAUGAUAAAUUAUUUAAUUUAAUGAUUGGGUAUUAAUACUAUGAUAAUAUAUUUAAGUAGGUACCAUAUCUUUAAUCAUAAUAAUACAUUGGAUUAAUAUUAUGGUGAUAAUACAUUAACAUUAACUAGUUUAAUGACCAUUAAUCUUAGUAUUAAUUUAUGAAAGUGACAAAGGUUUGUGAACUAUCUAUGUAUUGUCAUGUGAUGAAUGUGCUAUUGGCAUUCUGCUAAGUUAACUGGCACUAAAAAUAGAACAAUCAAUUCUGUUAUUAAAAAUAAAUAAAAUAAGAAUUAACUAAGGUCGAUUUACUUUUAAAUUAUAUUUUUAAUUUGUAGCAACUGGGUCAACAUUACUCAUUUCAAUUUUUCAAUAAGAGGUUUGGAUACAGCAAAUUUAAAAUAACAUAUAAAUUCAAAUUAGAUGUAAUUAAAUAGAUAUCUAUAGGUUUUUAUUUAAUUAAACAAAUAGUAUUAUAGAAAUUAUAAAAGUAUUGAAAAUUUCUCAUAGAAUAUAAAAAUUCACUCGUUCAUAUUAUAUCAAAAUCAGUAUAUUGAUUAAAGACAUAUUUACAUAGUUUUUAAAUUUUACUUUCAGUUAUAAAACAUCUGCUUAUAGUUAAUUAGUUAUGUUUUAAUUCCUUUUAAAUUAGAUAUUGACAAACAUUAGCCUACAUUAUACAUUUAACAUUAAUAAUAUUUAAUUUGACCAAUUUUCAAAAGUGUUAAAUUCUACAUUUUUCAUUUCUUUAAAUAUUUUAUAUUAAAUAAAUACAUUUUGAUGUCUUUUUUUUUCAAAAUUCACAGUGAACUUGGUUAAGAUUAUUUAUGGUUAGGAAUAAUGUUGCAAAGAUUGAUUUCUUUUUUUUAAAUAACUCAAACUAUUAACUUACAAUUGGUACUAUUGUUCCUAUAAGCAGUAUAAGUGAUGUUCAUAUUAAUAAUAUUAACUAAAUAUAAUAUUGUACUACAUUUUUAGUUUAAAAAUCAAUAUAUUGAAAUGCUUUUUCAGUAUUAUGUAAACACAUUUAUCAAUUAUUUUUUUCUUAAUGACUUAUUAAAUAUAAAUACAUUAAAAACCCAUAUUAUUUUAUAAUAAAAAUAAUCAUUAAUUUUCAAUUUAAUAUUAUAGUUUGCUAAUGUUUAACAAAGAAAAACUGUAAAUAUGGUUUAUUUAUGUGUUUCAAAGAACAACGAGUAAGUAGUUAUAUAAAACAAUAUAAUAUAGUUUCUUAUAUUACAGAUAAUACAAUUUAAUCUAACACUUUAAUAUCAAUAAUAAAUUUAAUAGGAACCACUUAAAUUUUUUUUUUUUGAACAAUUUUCAACAGUAUAAAUUCUUUUAAACUAUUUUCAAUAAUAAAUAGUAUAGAAGUAAUAUCUAUGUAAUAAUGUAUUUUGGCGUUCACCAGAACUAUUGGAACUAUCCAGGUACCCGGAUAUUUAAAAAUUUGGAUAAAAAUCAACUAGAAUAAUCAUAUUAUUCGGUGGUUAUAUUCAGAUAUUAGAUGUAAUAUACGUAUGUACCAUGUACCUACAAUUCAGAAAUUUUUAUUAAUCAAAUAUUUAUAAAAUGUAAUCUAGAAUAUUUAGGAUAUAAAUGGUUACCCAUAUAUUCAAAUAAAAAUACAUAGGUACUUGGAAAACAUUAAAAGUACAGACAUCUGAAUGCAAUAAAUAUUAGAAUAUUACUGCUAAUCGAGAAUAUUCAGAUUUUGCAAUCAAUUAUCCAGAUGUAACAAUCUUAUUAACCGAAUAUAUGCCCCAACACUUCACCACCCAUUUAAGUUGCUAUUGCAAAAUUUUGAUCAUUAUUAUUAUUUCAAUUAUUGUAAUUUUUUAUUAUCAUUUUAUAAAAUAGAGAAAAAAAUUGAUAACUUUUGGUGAAAAAUAUUUUGAAAAUACUUGAUUAAUUUACUCAGGAAAUUAUAAAUUUACGAAAAACUUUGUCAAGACAGUUUUAGAUUCUGAGCAAAACAAGAAAUGUAUUGGUUCUAUAAUGAUAUUUAUUUAUUUAUUUUAUUUUUAAAUAGAUAAUUUUAUGUUCUAUCUUAAAUUUAAAGUCUGAUAGAUUUUUAUGUAAAUGCUACAGUUUUUAAAUUAAUUUUAAAAAUUGUCAAAGUACCUCUUAAGUUAUUUUUGAACCCUUUUGUGACACAUACGUGAAGAGAAAAAAAUGAGUUCAAAAUUAUCAAACAUUUUUUUCUUUAACUAUAAAAUAAAGACCACCCUAAUAAAUAUAUUAUAUUCACUUGAUAGGAUAUUGUUGAUGUCCACUAAUUUAAGUUUUGAAGGAAAACAAUAUCACAUUUUUGUUAUAAAACCAAUAAAUUAUUAAAUUAACAUUAGGUACUUCAAUUAUUAUUUCUACUCUGUGAACUAUACAAGUGGUUUUAAUCUGGGUUUUAAUUAUCAUACCAUAGUAAUUACGUAUAACUGAACAUAACAUAACUACACAAGUAUUUCAAUUAUUAUUAUUAUUAUUAUUUUUUUUUAAUAUUUAAAAUAUAUAUACUUAUAUAUGUAUGUGACAUUUAAAUUAUAUUUUAUUAAUACUACCACAAGUAUUAAAUUUAAUAUUUUAGAUUCAAAUAAUCUGAUAAAUUAAUUAAGAUUAAAAAAUUAUUAAUUUUCUUUAAUCAUUGAAGUAAAGGAUAAAUAAUUUUCUAGUAUUUUUUAAAAAAAUUUAAGAUUUGUGAUAUCCCAAAAAAAUUAAAUAUAUGCCAAUUCUGUUUGAUUAAGUAUAUUAAAAAGUCAAUAAAUCAUAACUGAAAAUUUACAUUUUUACUAGGUAAUUACAAAUAUUUGUUUUUUUUACUUAAUAAAAUAAUAAUACUCUAUUGAAUUGUAUAUUUAAAUUCAACAAAAGUUUAUUAGAUGUGAAGUAAAUAUUUUCUUUCUCUCUGUUUCUCUUUCUCCUCUCAAUUUGGUUUGUAUCUUCACUCUGUCUAUUUCCGUGAUCUACUAUCUUUUUCAUUAGUAAUUACAAAUGGCAUCUUUAAUCCUUUAUAAUCUAUUUUAUAUAUUGAAUAGAUAUUUCAGUUUGGGACUUCUUACAUGACUAUUUCCUUCAAAAUCCCUCAAUAACCAAUUUUAACAGACCUUCAUGUCUGUUUACAUAAGGUUAUAUGGUCAAUCCAUUAAUUUUGUCUUCUUAUCUGACUUUUUAUUGUUUUUUCUUUCAAAUAUCUUCUCAUAUAGUUAUAUAAUAAAUAUAAGUAUCCUUUUAGAUUCUGGUUUAGCAAAUAAUGUAUUAGUUUUACAAAAAUGUUUUUUUUUUAUGUGAAUAUUUUUCUACCAGAAGGAUUAUUCUGAUUAUCAAGUAUAGCAUCAUUUCUGAAAGAAAAUGUUCUCUGGGUGGUACUUUAGAAAAGUCAUUUUUUUGAAAUUCUCAUCAAUAUCUGAGAUAAUGAAGAAAAUUGAUUCUUUAAGUUAACUAAAGAUUGAACAAUUAAAAAUAAGGUUGUCAUUGGCAACUGUUUUUAUUAUUAUUAAGUUUGUUUUAUUUUAAUAUUUUUUAAACAAUCAUUUUCGUCAUGGAAAGGCACAUUGUUGUAAUCUUUUACCAUAAUAUGACAUAUAUAUUGUUGACAAAGCUACACAUCAACUGAACUCUGCUGAGAAUCAUUGUUUACAGAUAUACAUUAAAUUCUCGUCUGUAUCCUACCUUCCCAACUUCCCACCUACUACAGUGGCUGCACCCAUGUACGAAGUAUGUCUGCCUUAUUUUUUUUUUUUAAAUGUUAGUUUUGAUAUAUGUGGUGGUUUGACAUAGAUAUAAUAAUAAUAUCACCUGUAUAAAUCAUUCUAAUAGAAUUUAAAACAUUUCACUCUUAGUUUAUAUGAAAUGAUUUUGUGACUGAUAAUAAACUAUUGAAUUUUAUUUUUAGUCUCAUGCUAAAUAUUGAAAUAUCGAAUAGUCUAUUGACUAUUGGGGAAAUAUUACAUAACACAAUAUGUUUAUCUUACAAUUGUGUUCAAAUCAUAUUUGCUAUUUCAUAUUUUUUUUAAACAAUUAUUAUUUUUAAAAUAUUAAAAUCAAUGUUUUUCUUUGUACACACUAAGUAAGUAGGUACAAAACAUAAUAACCAUUGUUUUAUUAUUUUUAACAUAAAUGUUAUCUUUUGAUCAGUUUUAUUUGUCUUUAUAGUGCGUAAAUAAUAAAUAUUACACAAAGUACCCAAUUAUUAAAAAAUAAAAAUAAAAAUAUGUGUUUAUACAUAUAACACUUUUUAUUGUCCUUCUAUUAACAGGUAUAUGUUCAAUUCAAAUUAUUAAUAUCAUAGACUAAAGAGUUUAUGCUGUACAAACAAUAUAGUCUUUGUAGGUACCUACUAGCUGCUAUUCAAUUGCGUUUAUUUGUAAUAACAAUUAGUUAAUAGUUUUAUUCUAUUAUUCUAUAGUAACUAGUUAGUUCUAACUUAUAACCUAAACUAUGCCGUAGCAACACAUACGAUGCUAAAACAGUAUGUUUCGAAUUGAUAUAUAAAUCAUACUCAACUGCGUACUACGUACAGUUCGUAAAAACUCACAAACAUAUUUCGGGGAGUCACAAGCACAACCCCCUAACUCCCUCUUGUUACGCCACUGUAAAUUGUUUUUUAAAAGUCUGCGUGUAAUUUUUAUAUGUGCGCAAAUAAAUUACAUCGUGACACGUGUUUAUGGUAUUUUUGGAACGAAAAUCUAAUUAUUUGUAUUUAUUUUAUAGAUUAAACCAUGUACGUCACAUAAUAAUAGAAAAACUUAAUAUUUCUUUUAUUGAUUCCAGUUUUCUAAAAGAUUUGUUGAAAAUUCUGUCUAGUAAAAAAUAUAACUAACGACCGUCGACCGCUAUGCCCAAUUGUUAACAUAGGUCGACAAAACUAUUCUGGGUGUUUGUUGUCCACGUAAUUUUUUUAUGUUGUAACCGUUAAACGUGUUUAAAUCGCGAACACGUCUCGGACGUAAACAUAGUACGUAGUAUAAAAUGAUGCUCGACUAUACUAAAAUGUAUUAAUAUUGUUGUAAAAUCUUAUAUGCAUUACGUAAAACAGUGUAUUAUAAUAACUGUAUCUUAUUAGCGUUAGCUUGAGAGAAUAAACUACGUAUUAUUAUUGUUGUCGAUCGGUGUCCGUUCCAUAGUUCAGAAAAAAAAUUGAGCUCGACAUACUGCGGCGCAUGCGUACCGAAUAUUCUGAGGAUAUGUUUUGCUCAUUAGUCUCCGUGUUGUUAUAGAGAGUGUUUCUUUUAUUAGUGAUUAACUAUCAUACAGAGUGAUCGACGUAUUAUUUAUUGAAAACCUUAAUAUUGUCGUUUUACUACCCGAGUGAUCAGAUUUUCAAUCUGCCACUUUCUGUAACUCUUGUGACUUUACUAAGAUCAAUUCGUUACAAUUUAAUCUUUUUGAAAUUAUUACCGUGCUAUCUCGGAUAAAGUAAUUUCUAGUCGUAAAAAAAAUAUCAAUUGACAUUUAAUAUGAAUUUAAACCCAUUAGAUAUAAUUCGAUAAAUUACAUCCGCCAAUAAAUGUUUUUUUUAUACCUAUGAUAGUUAAACAUUAUUUGAAUUUUAAUGAAUCAAUAUAUCUGUAGUAGAUAGAAGGUAAUCCUGCUUGGUAUAUUAAUUAAUUUAAGUUCCGUCGACAGGAAAUCGUUAUUUCAAUUCUCAAUAACAUCGAUUUAAAUUUGUAUGCUUUUUAUUCAACACUGUGUUAUACAUAUGGUAUUGAUCUGUAUAUGUUUCUAAUUUAUAUAUUCAAUUCGUAUUAUGCAUGUUGAUUUAAUAUCGAAAUUAAUACGAGAUAAAGAAAACAACAAUUGUAUUAUGUUUUUAAACAUAACAUAUUACCUGCCGAUUUUACGCAUUUUCAAAAAUGCUUUCUCCGUGUGAAGUUUUUGGAAAAAUAGAUUUUUCAAACAUUAUACUAAAUUAAAAUAAAUCUGAACACGAAACAUGUGAACAAAUAUUUAUAAACGAUAAUAAUAUUAUGCCGAUAAUCGAGAUGGAAGUCAGUCACUUUUUUUCAUUUUAGUCACUUAAAGUCACUUUUUAAGUAUUCUCAUACAAUUUAAUAAAAAAUAAUUAUUAUAUUGAUAUUUAUUACGAGACCUUGGUAUCUUACCAGUUCUCAAGGAAUGAUAACGUUGGUGAUAAAACAAAAUCGGUCAAUAGUAGUUAUAUCUUGUUUUGUGGUCAUAUUAUUUUCAUUGCGUUAAUAUUAUGAAACUUGAUAUUUUCUGUGUAUAUUUUGGUGAUGUUUGUCACUCUUAAGGCUUAAUUAAAUUAACACAUAAUGUUCCAAAUUUGUAUAACCAUCACAAAUAUUGUCAAAAAUGAGUACCAGUAAUUUAAUCAUUGUAGUAAAAGCAUUACCUUUACAGAAAGAUUUAACUAUCCAAGAAACUUCUACCAGUCAAAUUAACAUUUUUUGAAGUUCAAUAAUAAAUCAGAGUUUAGAAUCUGGAAAUCUUAAGUAUCCCGCACUGGCUAGAGAACAUAAACUGUCUGAUGUGUGUCUUAUGGAAAUGCAGAUAUUGAGAGAGAAUUUUCAUCAUCUUUAAAUUUUCUGACUGAAGACUGUGCUAAUAUGUCAAAAAAAAAAUUUAAUUCAGCAAUGACUGUAAAAGAUGCGCUUAAAAUCUAUUAAAAUCGACUAGCAGUUGUACCCAUUACACCAAAAAUUUUGACUUUGGCUUAAUGUGCUUACAGCUGAUACAAUAAUUUUUUGGAAAUAGAAAAAAUAAAUUGGUAUGCAAUCAAAAUCUUGCAGAAAACAAUAAAAAGGCUAAAGAAAUAUUAUUUAAAAAUCAAAAAUGCAUUGUUAAAUACAGUGAAGAAUUAGUUAAUAAAAGAAAAAGAGAAAAAAACAAAUCUAAACAGGCCAAAAAAUUAUUAUUGGAAACAAAUGAUUGCUUCCAAAAAGAAGUCGAGAAUCAAAAUUUUGAAGAAAUAGAACUAGCCCAUGCCGUGUUAGCAGGAGUACAAAAUAUUGAAAAAAGAAUUAUAGAAAAAAAAGUAGCUGAUGAUAUUCAAUAAAAAAUGUACGAUAAGGCCUAUUUCAAAGAACUCUUAAAUAUUAAAAUUGGUGUUGUUAAAUAUUAAUUGGAAUAUUUAAUUUAGGUCUGGUGGUCAAUUUUGUUAUUUUUCAUUAAAAAGUGCAUGCGUACUCCGCGUAUUUUAAAAAAAAAACGUACAUGGCGUAUUUGGACUUUAUUCUGCUAUUUUCUUUUAUAGAAGCAUAUUUUUGUUUUUUUCAGUGUUAUCACUAGUUAUAUUAAUUGAUAAAUGGAAUAUAAAUUAAUUCGUACAGAAUUUUUCUCAAUCUAUGUUUACUUGUACGAAAAUUAUUCGUCUGUUGACCGAUAAACGAUUAAAGUUCGUUCAAACACUCGUUUAAUUCUCAAAUGUAUAGCGCAUUAAUAUUGUUCAACCAAGACAAUUAAAUCUGAACGCAUUCAUUAUAAACUAAAAAUCUAAUCUUAUACGAUUCAAGACAUAAUAAAACAUUACACUAUUUCACCUAUAUGAUUUAGAUAGGUGGCGAUAAUCAAUGGUAACAUAUCGGAAAUUUCAAAAAAUUAUAAAAGCUUGCAAGUUCGCGAGUACUUUGCGUACUUCCAUUAACUAAAUAGCCCCCUCCAGGUGUUCCUCGAAGAAAAGAGGAGAUAGGUAUUCACCGAUCAUUUUGUGUUUUAUAACGAGUUUCUUAAAAGACCGUCAAACGAACGUAUACGACAUAGCGAAUUUGCGUUCAUCACAGCAAGGACGACAUUGUGUGGUUAGUUUUAAUACUAGAGUGAAUUGACCUGUUGUCACACUUAAAGAUAAGAACGUGUUAUCUGUGUAAUUUCGGCCAUUUGUUUCUCUCGAUAUUUAAAUUUUCAAGCUAAACCCGAGUGUGAGAAAUACAUCAUAAUUUACUAACGCUUACAUCUCGCGUGAACAUUAAAAUUAUUGAAAUGAAAAAAACGUUACGCAGAUAAUAUGUACUUAUCUUGAAAUUUGAUAAUAGGUCAAUUCACUCUAGUAUUAAAACUAACAGCACAAUGUUGUCCCUGCCGAACGUGAAUUUGCUAUGAUGACGUAGAUAUACGUGUGUAAAGACAACACACGCGAGUAUCACG